AUGUGGAUGGCGCUAGCGGCCGAGUACAAUGACUCCAGGGACCCUGCCUGGCGGGAACGCGACUUUGACUCACUGCGGAGAAAGUUUCGCAAGCUCUACGGGAAGGCCAACCCCACGGGCAAUCAGGGUGACCGCCUGACGCUCAAACAGCGAGCUAUCCUCAUGGCUCAUGAGACUCAAUAUGAGAUAGAGAAGAAGGGAGGGGCGCACACCUCGCACGACGGGCGCGACAACGGAGAGGACGACGAGAACCUCAUGGAUGAGGUCAACGUGGCCCUCUUCGCGGACGAGGUGGGCAAGCCCUUCACCGUGAAACCGAACUCGGUCUCGACCAAGGGCGGUGGAGACAGCAACCGUGCUCGGAUCGACAAGCAGCAGGAGGAUGACGAGGAGGAGGUGGCGGAGGAGGACGACGAGUCGGUCUCCUCUGUCAACUCGGUCAACGACGAAAAAAGCUCGGAGGAGGCUAAUGGUGCACGGAGCGACCGAAGUGCGGCCUCUGCAACGACCAUUGACGCUCGAUCAACGCCAAAGGCGUUGGCGAGGCCCACGCCGGUGACACCGAGAGCUGUGGGCCGCCCGAAGCGCGACUGCCAACCUCUGGCUUCGGUGGCUUCGCCCGACGGGCCCACCCUAACGCGAAACCCGGAUCGUGCUGCUUCCGAUGCAGCAGAGGCCGAAAAACACAAACGGCUGCACAACACCAGUGAUCGCCUAGGUGGGCGAGAUCUACGAGUUCUUCGGGACAACUUUGAGGUGAUGGGUGGGCGUGAUCCAGGAGCUAAAGCCAAAAGCCCCCCGUCUGAGAGCUCGGUGACGGCGAUGUACGCUGCGUCGAAGAGAAACCAAGCCAAGAAGCACAUGGAUUCAAUUGACAAAGAAUUGAAAGAAGCAGAGGCUGCCGACGCUGCAAUGGGAUCGGAAAUGAAGGACCUACUGCUCUUCUUUCGCGAAGACGCCGAUCGCAGAGCCGAAUCCGAGGGGGAGCGGCGACGAGAGGAACGCGACAAGCGGCGCGCAGAGGAUAAACGAGAGCGAGAUGAGCGAGAGCGGGUUCGUAGGGAAGAAGCUGCGCUUGUCGAAGCCAGACGCCAGCAAGACCGCGAGGAUGCAAAACAACACCUUGAGGCCGAGGAAAAGAAAGAGGAAGCAGCUCGAGCGGAGCGUCGAGAAGAAGAGGCCGAGCGUCGCCGACAGUUCCAAGCCCGCCUUGAGCAACACCGUGCCGAAGCGCGGCAGCGCCACGAGCAAAUGAUGCUACUGAUCUCGACGAUUCACAAGAACAAGUAG